AUGGUUGAUAUUAUGGAGAAUCCGGCGUUCCUGGACAGCGACCAGUCCGUGUACGAGAGUGUGCGAGGGACGCCCCAAGCCAUGUCGCAGCGACGGCCUCACCACCUGCCCGCCAUCCACCAUGCUCACACUCACUCCCCCCGCGGCGUCGGCGUCCCCCAUCACGUGGCCCACGUCCACAACGGCCGGAUGAUCGGCGUGACGGGCGUGCCGGGCCCCAUGGUGGUGCCGGGCACCGUGGUGCAGGUGUCGGGCGUUCCCGCCGCGUCAGGAGGGACGCACAACACCCUGUACCCGGACCCUUCCCUCCCGCCCCUCUACCCCGCCCACCUCGCUCCGCACGCCCGCGUGGCCCAGGCUGAGCCCAUGUACUCCUGCCAGGCUCCCCGGGGCCACGACCACGUCUAUCAGUGUCCCGGCCACAGGGGGGACCACUUCGACCACCGCGAUCACCACCUGGACCCCCGGGGGGACCCCCGGGACCGCCUCGGCCCUCGGGACCACCACCUGGACCCCCGCGAGCACCACCUCGAGCCCCGCGAGCACCACCUCGAGCCCCGCGAGCACCACCUGGACCCGGCGCUGGACCUGCGUCCGGACUACCACUACGGCGGCAGCGACUACUCCAGCACGGAGCCCAUCUACGCCCAGCCGCACCUGUACCCCCGCGAGGCGGGAUCCGGCACGCCCACCCUAGGCUACAGCAACACGCGGGCGUCGCUGCGGGCGGGCUCCGCUGCGUCCUCGCAACUCUCCGCGGCGGGGACGCCGGCCAAGUAUCUCACCCACUCCGACUCCUGCGGCAACUCCACCUCCUCCUCCACCCUGCCCACUGUAUCCGCCCUGCUAGCAAGAGAAGCCGCCCAUAACCCGCCCACGCCCACACAUACCAACACGUCCUCUCAACGCUCUUCGGCGCGCCACGGCAAGGGCGAAGUCGCUUCCACGCCCGCGAAGUUGAAACGCCAGGGCUUGUUCCGGGCGUGGAGAGUGAAGUUCCUGCGCGGGGAAGGUGGGCGGCGGCGGGCGUGCCUCCUGCUGGCCGCCCUGCUCUUGGUCAUUCUGCUAGUCCUGGGUGCGCUGGCGGCCGUCCUCUACAUCACGCUUGGUGGAAAUAUAAGUGCUUUCGUAGGAAAAUCGCCGAAAUUAAUUGAAGUCACAGAAACCGGCAAUAGUGUUGUGGAAGGAGAAUUUCGAAUCAUCAAUCAGAACUUCUGGCGGGGGCUGGAAGACCCGGCGUCGGAGGAGUACAAGGCGAUGGCCCAGUCGAUAGAGAGAGAGCUGGAUACCUUGUUCCUGGCAUCAGUUUGGUCUCAAGAAUAUAACCAUAGUCAAGUCAUAUCCUUUGCAGAGGGUUCCCUUUUGGUACGAGCUAAGCUUGUACUGAACACAGCAGAUGUGGCAGCAGCACAGAAGCUAGGCACAGCUUUCUUACGUGGUUUGCACAAUCGCCAUGGACAUGAAUGGAUGGGCCAAUAUUCUGUAGAUAUAACAUCAAUUAGAUUCACAGAAGUGUUAGUAGACACCCCACCUGUUUCCACAACUGGUACCCCAAUAAUGACAACCACAGUCAGAGAAGACUCAGCAUUCUCAACCACCGCAGAGGAGGCAUUAGUUGCAUCCAAGUCUACUGAACUCCCUCACCUGAACGUAGGAUGGGGUCAGUGGGGGCCUUGGUCAACAUGCUCUCCUUGCUCACCACAGUAUGAUCAGAUACGAACGCGGCAGUGUCAUUUGGAUGCAGGCCGUGGCCUGCUCAUCAACAGUAUUGAACCUUGUCUGCCAUCUGGUCUUGGCCAUCAGCUGCAAGGAACAGGGGGAGACAUGGAGACCCGGCUUUGUCAGUGCCAGCACGAUAGUGAUGAUGAAGUUGAAACCUCAACCACAUCCACUACUACAACUCCAGUUAGCACAACAGUAUCUUCUACCACAAAACAGUCCCCAAAAGUUGAAGAGCCCCCAAAGGAAGAAAAGGAUUAUGAAACUGGUACAGAACGGUUGUGUGAUUCAUGUUUACCAGGAGAAGUUUGUGUUGGCCUGCAGGGAGAAGCUUACCCAACUUGUCGGACUGCACGAGAUGCUGGAGACAGGACUGGUUGUGGUGGCCUGUGCGCUAUAGACUCAGAGGUCUGCCGAGCUUUAGGUUCUAGAGCUUUCCAGUGCCACAGUGCUUCUUUAUGUCUUCAUGACGAAUGGCGAUGUGCUGAUGGCCUCUGUAUUCCACAUAUAAAGCGAUGUGAUGGUCAUAUGAACUGUUAUGACCAGAGUGAUGAGCAACACUGUCAAUGUGGGUCCGAUCAGUUCCAAUGUGGUAACUAUACGUCAUGUCUGCCGAUAACAUCCAAGUGUGAUGGCAAAAUGGAUUGCUGGGAUGGUUCAGAUGAAGCUAAUUGUACAGCAUUGUGCCCCAAUCCUGACACUCAGUUUACUUGCCGCAGCAGUCAGUGUAUCCCCAAACAGCAAUUCUGCGACGGGCUGGAGGACUGCAGGGAUGGGUCAGAUGAACCCUUCGGUUGUACUGGACAGUGCCAAGCCAACGAGUAUCAGUGUGGGAACGGCAGAUGCGUCGCAGCAUCCGCCGUCUGUGAUGGUAGGGACUCGUGUGGCGACACCAGUGAUGAACAGAACUGCAAUCGGCCUUUCUUCUCUCUCUCACCGGGAACGGGAACUUCUUUCAUAAAUUCUCCAAACUGGGCCGAGAAUUCCACUCUUCUUCCUACAAAAUCACAAAAUAUGACUACGGUGAGAACAGAACGCAUUUGGUUGCUCCACCUCAAAGGGAUCAACAGCACAAAAGUAGAAAGCUCUACUACAGAAAAUAUUUUUACUUUCCCUGAUGCCGGAAAGGAUAGUGAUCACACACCUAGAUUAAAUGUGAGUGAACCACUUCAUAGAGCAGAGAAUAACUCACUUCCCAAAACACCAGCUCCAGAUUAUUAUCAUAUUGGAAACAACAGAGAUAACCAUUCAGAAGAACAUGAAAGGAGACGUGAGAAUAAAUCUGGUGUUGUAGAGAGAGGGUGGAGACGGACAGCACAAAUAAUGCCUAGUAUAGAAGACUUUAUCAAUGUUUUUGCCAAGUCAGAAGAACGUGGGGUUAUGUCUGAAACUCAGACAUAAGAUAUGAGAAAUGACCAGAUUGGUGCUUCAUUAGGUCAGAGUAUUAUAGAAACAGGACAGGAGAGAAUUGAUAUUGCAUUUAGCAAUAUGGAUAUGCAGGGUAAUGAUAGAACAUCUUAUGGAUUACAUAUUAAUAUUCCCCUUGAAAGAGAGCUUGACUGAUACUGUGCUAUCACUUAUAAGAUAGAAAUACAGUAUGUAAAUGUAUGAGAGUAAAUAAUAAUUUUAUAAUGAAUUUUUUUAAAUAAUGAGAUAAUAUGUACAGUAUAAUAAGAUUGUCAAAGUCAGCUGCUAUUUUAGUAUGUCAAUGUUACAAGAUAAAGAAGUAUAUUGUAUCACAAUGCCAAUGUUGAUGUUGUGAGAGGAGAGUCCUUUUUGUAUAUCUAGUUGAGAAAUACCAAAGAUUGUAUGUAUAUUUUGUCCUUGUUUAGGGCCUUAUGAUGUUAUCUAGUCUGUAUGAGAUGUACUUACCACUUUGUUUGUAAAACCUUUUAUUGAGAUCAGCCAUUUAAGUGAGUUAGUUUUAAUCUUACAAGCAUUGCACUUAAAAGCCAAUGAUUUCAUAUUAAGGUUUUGGUUGAAAUUUCUCAACUUAUUUUGAAUAUUUUAAGGGAGUGUAUGGAUGGUAUUUGAUGGAACUGAAACCUAGAUUUUGGGUUUUGUACCUCUUCCUUGCCUUUAUGUAUUUUACUGAUAUGUUUGUUCCAUUUAUUUUUUUUCACUUGCCUCUGGUAUUUGCUUGUUAAGAUCUCUUUUAGAUCUGUGUCAUAUGGUUACUGUAAUGAUCAUGGCCACCCUAAUCUUCUACAUUGAUAAAAAGAGUUGGUAUAUGUAUACAUACAUAUAUAUCCACACACACGCACGCACACGCACACGCACACGCACACGCACACGCACACGCACACGCACACACACACACACACACACACACACACACACA